CCUGAAAAUGGUGUACAACGAUUAUGAGGAAAGUUUUGCAUCUGCACCUGUCAGAUAUGCUUUAGAUGAUCAUGAUAGUGAUGAAGAAUUAGAAGCUAGUGUUCAAAACCAAAAAAUAACUGUUGAGAUCAACUUGGCUAUGGUAACUAAAGAAGAUGAUGAUACCAAAUGGACUAUCGUUAUUGGUCCAGAAGGACCUGGCAGUGUUUAUAUUAAUUCACUUGAAGGUCAAAGCACAACAGCCAUUGGUUUAAUAACUCGAUUGUUUGAAGGAACCCAUCCAGAAAUAAAAGCAACUAUUUAUCAAUUAGUUAAACAGCCUAUUUUAUUAAUACCUUUUACUACCCAAAUACCGCCAGAAGAGGCUAGUCUUUAUACAAAAUCGAUUUUAAAUAGUUUUUCUGGUAAAAUGGAUAAAGUCAUUGUGUUAGAUUCCUUUACAACAACUGGAUAUAUUACCAAGGAUUAUAAUGAGAAUUUAGCUCCUCCCUUUUUACGUAUCUUGCAAACAACCACUGCCCCCAUUGUUAAAGGUUUAGCACCUUAUGAGUGUCCUAAUAUUAUUAAGGGUUUUACUGCUUCCUUGAUCAGUUAUUGUGAGAUGCAUUCUAUUCCUUGCUAUAAUUUAUUAACACUUCAAGAAUCAGUGUAUGCUGCUUUAUUAAUCACAACAGAGACUUUAGAAGCAUACAAUAUAGGUUUACGACAAUUAGGUUUGGAUUUUUCAUUUAAUGAACAUUUAAUGAGAAAAAUUUUAAAAACUCGUCAUACUGGUCGCAUUGAUGACAAUCAUCAUCGCUUAUAUCUUUAAAUUCAUAUAGUAAUAAUAAUAAUAAAAAAAAAACGCAUAUGUAUAUGAAUAUCAAUCUAUUAUAUACAUAUAUUUAUUCUUACAGAUUUCUUUCUUUCCUUUU